AUGGUUUUUAGAAGGCACUAUAUGAAUAGUUCAUCAUCUGAAGAUGAAGGACAAAUCCCUUUCAGAAAUAGCAAGAGGAGACGAAAUAAUUUUACUACUCAAAGCCAACAAAUAGCUGACAUUCAUCCUAUAAGUUAUCAAGCCACAGUAAAUCCUUAUGAUAUUCAGCUUAUUUUAGCUUGCCAAAGCUUUUUUGAUACUCCACCAGAAUUACUAAGAAAACGAAUUGCUUUAUCUUUAAAGUUUGGAUCAGGACAAAGGGUCAGUAAAGAAAUCAUUAAAAAAUACUGCGAAAACUAUAUAGAAGGAUACUCACUUCCUGAUUAUGCAUGGGCAAAAAUUAACCAAAUAUACAGUGGGUUUCCAAUUGAUUUUUUCAUCAUUAGAAGCUCAGGAGUGGAUAAUUUUUUUGAAAAAUACAAAGACCAUAUCUGCAUUUUCAAAGAUAGUUUUCCAUAUGCGAACUUAAACGACCAUUUCUCUCUAGUCGAUGACAUUUUGGUUUUUCCUCAUAGAUACCAUGAUUUUGAGCUCACUUUAAAUUGCUCGUAUGAAGCUUUGUUUGCAUUAAAAGAAAAUGACUGCACUCCAAGCACUAAAGAGCUGCAAAAAUUUAUGCAGCAGCUUGACUACUCUGACAUUUCUAGAGCACUGCCUACUUAUUUGAAUUUCCCCAAUUCUUCAUCUCCUAUUUGUGAAAAAUUAAAAAAACUCGAAUUUUUGAUCAUGAAUUGUCAGAAUUUAUCUUAUAUAAAUUCAAAAAAUGAAAGUAUUAUUCAUAUAUUAGCAACCAAAAUAUGCCGCUGUAUCUUGCAAGAGCAUAGUAUUCACAAACUUUCUAGUCUUACUAGAUUUUUUUCUUAUAUGCUAGAACUAUUUGACUAUAAGCAAGUCAAUUUAAGCCUAGACGUAGAUGGUAAAAAAAUUGAUGAUAUUUUUAUGCAGUUUUGUUCAGCUAAACAGAGAAAAGAGUUUUUAGAAAUUUAUUAUGAAAUCAGUGUAUCUCAAAACAGAAUUUGGGCAUUAUGAGCUAUUGAUAGGAGCUGUUUUAAAAUCCUAAACAAAAAUCUUAUGAGAGAAAUAAUUUUAUACUUGUAA